UACUCUAUCACCGACUUUUUGGAUAGGAUUUUACAAUCAUCCACCAAAACACAAGCUACAUUUUGUAUAGGUGAUGCUCGUAAAUCUCGGUAGCCUAACUGAAUUCCAGCCCCUUCUCUCCUCUCGCUAGCUUUCCUUAGAAUUCCUUCUCCAAACAAAUCAUAACCCCGAAAUGAAAAUUAGUAAAAAAACACCAACAACAACAAAACAAAUCAUUUGGAAAAUCAAACUUCUACCACCAUCGUAAAAUCAAAUCUAAUUUGCUCUUCUUCAUCUUACUCAAAUUUCACAUAAUUAUCAUCAUCAUCAUCAUCAUAAUCCUUCUCCAAACGUUUCAUCAGCUUGUCCAUUUGUAAUUUCCCGUAACAAAACAUACACAUAAUCAUCAUCAAUUCAUCAUCAACAAGAAUAGAAGAAAAAGGGUUAAUAAAUAAAUCCAUCAAAUGGUAGAUAGGUCGCCGAUCCCCGGCGGGCAGGUCCCCCGUCCCCCGGCUCAUCGGAAUCCGCCGCCGACCGGUAGGUCCCCGAUCCCGGGACGGCCACCACCGCACCUCCCUCCGUCGUUCCGGCCGACCAAGAGAGGCGCCAGCUGUUGCAAAAUUUGCUGUUGCUGCUUCCUCGUCACCUUCCUUCUCAUCCUCCUCCUCCUCACCGUUGCCGGCGGCCUCAUCUACCUCUACCACCCCAAACCGCCGUCCUUCCGCAUCCAAUCCUGCAAGAUCUCCGCCGUCCACGUCGCCGCCAAGCCCGAAGGCACCUACUUCUCCGCCGCAGUCUCCGCUGCCAUCCAGCUCACCAAUCCGAAUGAGAAGCUGAUGUAUCGGUACGGGGAGACCUACGUCGGGAUCACGGUCGGGGACGACAAGGACACCGACAUGGGGUCCACCACGCUCCCCGGGUUCGAGCAAGCGGGCCUGACGACGACGACGCUCAAGGUGGAGACGAGCGUGAAGGACGAGCUGCUGGACAAGCGCGAGGAGGAGAGGCUGCCGAAGCAGUACGAGGACAAGAGCCUCAAGGUGAAUUUGGAGGUGACCACCACCGUUGGCAUUGAGACGAUGGGUUUGAAGAUCGGAAUGCUAAACGUGGCUGCGUCGUGCCAGGGCAUGACGCUCAAGGACAUCCAGAGCGGGAACGCCAGCCCCGACUGCACCAUCAGGACGCUUCACAACUUGAUCACUGUACAUACUAGAGUUUAAAUUGAGCAUCUGGAUUGAAGUUCACAACCUUCGUCAAGAUUUGUUCACGUGACUGGAUUUGGCUCUUAGAGUCUACUGUUCUUGAUCCCACUAGAUGAUAGAAUCACUUUCGCCCUUGUUGUACUUUACAUAGAUUUGUUUGAGUUUGAGCUCAAUAUCAUUAUCCAUAAGGCAAGUAAUUAAGACAACUCUGAGAUAAAUAUGUAUAUAUAUAUAUCGUGAGUAGGUUAGUUAAUCUCAUUAUUUAUUUAUUUAUUUAUUAAAAAAAAUUAUGAAUGAAUAGGGGUGGCAACGGGUUUUGGUUGGUCCGAUUUUCAUAUAUGUCAUCCACAAACAACGGUUUUAAAAUCAUAACCAUCCCCAUAAUUAAAACUGCACAAGAUGUUAAAUGUCAUACCAAAACCACCAGUAUGCAGUUCGGCGAAAACCCACAUGCACCAUCCCAAAAUAAUUUUUUAUAUUAAUCUAAAAGUUUAUUUUUCGAAUAUUGUUGGAUACAUGAAAUAAUGUUAAAGGGAAAAAUCACAGUGUUACUAAAACGGACAGAGUCGAUCGGUCUGAUCCAUAAAACCAGUACCCUGCCAUCAUCCCAGUUUAUCCGGUCAUUUUAACCGUCUGCUAAGAAUGAUCUGUCGGACACUGAUCCGAAUGAUUAACCAUCCCAACCGGAUGAACCAGACCAAAGCUAAAAAGAGCUUCUUCAUUAAAUGUUGGACAAUCGG